AGAGGAACUGCCCGACAGCUGGAGUUGAGGGCAACACGGGAGGCAACCGAGAAGGGGACACAAGGUUUGUUGCACUUGGGUCCUCGAGGUGCGGUUGCCAAUUGUAAUUCAACAAAAUUCAACUGUGUGAAUUGUUGUAGCAAGUCUCGAUUGGGCAGUUCCUGUACAGAAAAUAUUUGGUUCUGUCGUGGUAUUCGUCUGGAAGAAUGCCUUUACAGGGACAGUUUAUAACUGGUCCAGACUAUCCACCCGACAUCGGAAAUGUCCUUGCAGAAGUAGUAAACCUGGUGAAAAAUGUUGCAGCCUCAAUGGAAAAGUUGAGUGCGGAGAAUGUGGACCUAAAACUUCAGAUUAAAUCCGUUGGAAAUCAAUUGGACACCAUUCGUGCCGACUUUGACGCUUUCAAGAACGAAGUGGAUAACUCAAAUAAAAACGUUAAUGCCAUUCUGAGUACCAUCAAAGAAGAUUGUAAAUAUUGUAGAAGUGAACUUGCACAAAAGUCUCCUGAGCAAAGGAGUAGCUCCGAAAGCAGCGUAGAACUCCACACUGAAAUACCAAAACAGUUGCUGGAGGCGUACAGGUCAACGAAAGACUGGGCCGCCCUGAGACGAGGUCUGGAGGCCGUCCUGCACCAGGACAGCGCCGCGCGCAGGCAACUACAAGACGUCCAGUACCAGAGCGCCUGGCCGCUGUACGAGGUCGGCGAGGAGGGCCACCUGGAGCUGGCGACGGCGCUGCUGUCCCACGGGGUGCUGGCGGACGUCAAUGACCAGAGCGUGUGCACGAUGCUGCAUGGCGCGGCGCGCAUGGGCCACUUGCCCGUGGUGGAGCUGCUGCUGCGCCGCGGGGCCACGGUGGACGUCCUCAACUCCUUCGGGAGGACCCCGCUCAUGAUGGCGGCGGAGUCAGGCCACCUGGAGGUGGUGCAGCGCCUGGUGCUGGCCGGGGCCAGCCUGACCGCCCGGUGCAAUAGCGGCCGCACGGCCCUGGACUCGGCGCGGAAUAUCAGACAGACCCCAGUGGUGCAGUGGCUCUCUCAGCAGCCACAAUAGCCCGGCGCUCAAGGCAUCAUCACAGAAGAAGCCAAGCCUGCUCGGUCACGAGACACAGUUGCACUGCGGCCAAACUGCCAACUAUUAUAAUUAUUCAAACACUCUUGUUGAAUGUAAUUUUGUGCCAGGAAAAAACAAGUUCCAGCCUUUUUUUUCCCCUAAGAUGAUACAUAUUACCUAACUCACAAUUAUUAACUUUUAAUAUUUUGAGUAUGAUGCCAGUAAUUUUUCAAGGCUGGUUUUAUAUAAAAAAAUUCUAAUAGCUUAAGUAUGCAUUUUAAAAUGAAUCCCCAAUAGGGUUUGUAUCUUAAAUACUACUUUCCAAACAAAUAAGUAAUUUAUUUGUAAAAUAUCACGUGUGCCAUUACUGGGUUAUCUAUGUGAGCAUUGUCACUGGGUUCACAAAGAUGUAGCCUACUUACGUAUCGUGUAAGCUUUAUUAAUCUUUGUACACUGAAUUACUGAAAUACACUGUCAGAACGUAUAUGGCUUUGGAUAGUGUUAACACAAUUUGAUAUGUACCAGUAUGCAAAAUAAAAUUCUCUAUUAUUUACUAAACUAUUUUUUUUAAUCUUAUAUUUUCUAAAUUAGGAUUUGUAAUUUUUUUUUUGCAAAUAGAAAAAAUUAAAAGUAUAAACGUUAGGUUUCAAAGCUGCUUGCAACACAAGACUGAAUGUUAGCUGAUCUUCAAUGUGGAGGUGACAAAGACCACAGCCCUCAAGCGAUAAAUAUAUAUACACAUACAUACAUACAUACAUACAUACAUACAUACAUACAGACAUACAUACAUACAUACAUACACAGUAAGUAGAGCCAUAUUGAUAUUUACACAUUGUGUGAUAGGUUUGUCGUAUAUAUUGGUAUGUUCUAGUCCUGGAGUGUGGAGUGUGGAGUUGGUUAUGGGGUUCGCCAUCUUGGAUUGUGACAUCACGGUCGGAAUAUUGGAUGGCCAUUUUGUCCUUGUUUUCGUCUUUUGAAGGCUGCCAUCUUGUAAUAGUUUUCUGGAGGGAACCAUAUUUGUUUCUACUAUUUGUUCCUAGAGUGAGAGCCAGCAUUGCUCUGUAUCAUGCAAGUAUGGUCGAUGUACCAUUACCUACGUGUGUUGUUAUGACCAAUGUACAAACAUUACAUUUUUUUAUACAAAAUUAUUUGGAAACGAGUUAAUUCGAACCAUUAAAAGUGGUACCUCUGGAAUUUUUCCA